GCCCCUCAGAGGCUCCCCGGGGAGCGGCGCCCGCAGCCCGCAGCGCGCCAGGAUGUUUCACGGGAUCCCCGCGGCUCCCGGCCUGGGAGCCCCAGGGAAUAAGCCGGAACUGUACGAGGAGGUGAAGCUGUAUAAGAAUGCACGGGAGCGAGAAAAGUACGAUAACAUGGCUGAGCUGUUUGCGGUGGUGAAGACGAUGCAGGCUCUGGAGAAAGCUUACAUCAAGGACUGCGUCUCUCCCAACGAGUACACUGCAGCCUGCUCCCGGCUCCUGGUCCAGUACAAAGCUGCCUUCAAACAGGUGCAGGGUUCCGAGAUCGGCUCCAUCGAUGAAUUCUGCCGCAAGUUCCGGCUUGACUGCCCGCUGGCCAUGGAGAGGAUCAAGGAGGAUCGUCCAAUCACCAUCAAGGAUGACAAGGGCAACCUGAACCGCUGCAUUGCUGACAUCGUCUCUCUUUUCAUCACGGUGAUGGAUAAGCUGCGCCUGGAGAUCCGAGCCAUGGAUGAGAUCCAGCCGGACCUGCGGGAGCUGAUGGAGACAAUGAACCGCAUGAGCAACCUGCCCCCUGACUUCGAGGGGCGACAGAAAGUGAACCAGUGGCUGCAGACGCUGAGCGGGAUGUCUGCCUCUGACGAGCUGGAUGACUCCCAAGUGCGCCAGAUGGUGUUUGAUUUGGAAUCGGCCUACAACGCCUUCAACCGCUUCCUGCACUCCUGAGCCCGGCCCAGCGCCCCCCUGGACUGGUGGCUCCAGCUGCCCAUCUCCUGAGAGCCCCGCCGCACGUAUAGCACUCAGGUCUCUGGGCUGGUGCUGGGGGCAGGAGGUCAUGGGUGGUGGGAGGGGGGGAUAGCAUGGACAAACCCCCUCACUGUUGGGAGGGGCAUUGGCUGUAGCCUUUCUAGCAUUAGCCCUUGGGGCUGUCAGUGUGAAUGGCGCUCCUCCAGCCGGAGCACAGGCAGGCCCUGCCUGGGCUGUGAGCAGGGGGCAGAUCUGUACAAACCUGCGCGAAUAAAGUCCCUCCUGCUGCGG